AUGACGGCUUCGGUUUCGAAACAGCUAGAAAUCCCCUCGUCGCUGCCGCCCCACGGCGGCGGCGGCGGCGGCGGCGGAUCCCACCACGCCUCCACCGCCGCGCCGUCAUCGGCGAACACGAAAUCCGUCCUCGAGUCGAAACAACCCGGCGACCCGCACAGCCUCGGCAGCUCCACGAUCUCCCCCAGCUCCUCCGGCGACGCCGCCAGGCCGCCGUCCCCGGCGGCCUCCGUCACCACGCCGCCGGAAUCACUCGAACAUGCCGGCGAAAUCCCCUCCAUCGCCGCCGCCCUGGCUGCCGCCGCCUGCACAUCGCGCGGGCUGAGUGAGGCCGGGCGCGGGAGGGCGGCCGCCAGAUCCGGGAAGUUGAGGGCGGCGGAGGGCCCCUUCACGCUUAGCGCGGCCACGUCGUGGGCACGCGCCGCCAUCUCUGCGGUCGGGAAGGUGCCGAGCCAUAUUCGCGACUUUUUCCGGGGCUCACGAAUCUCCGACACCCACUUUCCCCAGCUCCUCAUCCGGACCCCGCGACCGGGUGGCGGGUCGCGUCCCGGAUUUUCUUUGCCCGCUUGGCGGAGGAUUCCGGCGGACACGCUGCGGCGCCGGCCAGCGGCGAUAGCUUAUGGGCAACGUGAAAGGUUUUUAGAAGCAGUGUAUAAUGGGCCCAUAUCUUUGAGUAAUGUUAUAAAAGUAUCUAAGUCCGAUUCCCACAACAAAAAAUAUGCCGCGCACAUAAACCAAAUCAAAAGUCAAUUCGGACCUUUGCCGGAUUCGGGUCCUCGUCACCUAUGGGUAGGAUCCUCCAAGUGCAGGGCUCGUUCUUUUUGGACACGUGGCAGUAACCGUACAGCAUCUCUUCAGAUCCGGACCCGAAUUGAACGGUCGUCAGUUUCUCAGACGAGCCGGGUCUCUGGACCUCCACGGCUCCGUUCAUUGCGGGUCGACCCGCCGGAGGGUCCUCCUUGCUGUCACGACGGGCGGGUUGACCCGACGGGUGGGUUUUCCUUAUGCCACAAUUUUUUUUCCAAUGAUUUAUAA